AUGGGUAAUCGUAACGACCAAGAAAGUGUUCUUACAGUAGAUGUAUUCACAAAUGAAAAUAAGAACUGGGCCAAAGAAGAUGAUAAUGUCAUGAAUGUUGGUCACAGCAUAGCACAGUGUUUAACUUCCUAUAAUGAUGAACUUUUUACUGAGGUUCAAACAAUAACUGCAGAUUUUAAGAAAAAUGGGACAAACGAAAAUGUAAUUAUUUUGAGCAAUAAUCUUAUUGAUAAUACCAUGCAAAAUACUAUGCAUAAUAAUAUAACUGAAAAUGAAGGCAUGGAUUCUUUAGAAAUUUCUUCCUACAGUACAGAAGAAACCGACAUAAUCAAAGAUCAACAAGAGCACCCUGCUAUAAACCUAAUAAAAAUCGCCCACCAAAAUGUUUUAAAGCAAGUUAAUAAAAUGAUUGAAAAAUCAAAUAAAAAACUAGAAUCAUUAACUAUUAGAGAUAAUGUUCUACUAGGUAUUAGCGAAUUCGAUAGAAGAAGAGGUGAUCCAGCAAAUCUUAUUGGAGUAUUUAUGGCAGAAAAAGAGGGAAAAUUUAGAAUAGGUACAAAACAUGGCAUUGUUGAUACCUGGCUGGAAAGAAACUCACUUCAGUCGACAAAAUUUAAAAAGCUAAAAUUAAAUGACGUACCUGAUUAUGAAACUAAUGUUCGAAUGCUUGUUCGCAAAGAUUCAAUCGGUUACGGUCAAGGUUACAAAAGAUGUAAUUGCACUAAAAUAUGCAGAUCAAAGAGGUAUGAAAUUGUGGAUGAAGAACAAAGGCAGACUGGAAAUAAUAUUGGAGACAAAGACGGUGAUGGUCUUGAAGAUUUCGAAGAUCUACUAGAAUCAGGAAGUGAAUCGUUUUCAAAAGAAAAAGAAAAAGAAAAAGGGUCCUCUCAUUCUAAACAUAGAACACCGCUGUCUCCAUGGAAGGGUCGGAAAAGAUCAGAUAAGGACAUUACUCGGUUGAAUCCAAAGAGACCUAUGAUCAGUUGA